CAAAGCGAGCUGAACUCCUUCCUGUGGACCAUCAAGAGAGAUCCUCCGUCUUACUUCUUUGGCACCAUCCAUGUCCCAUACACACGUGUCUGGGAUUUCAUCCCAGAGAACUCCAAGAAAGCCUUCCAGCAGAGCCACAUCGUAUACUUUGAGCUGGACCUCACUGAUCCCUACACCAUCUCAGCUCUCACCAGCUGCCAGCUCCUGCCGCAGGGAGAGAACCUCCAGGACGUGCUGCCCCGUGACAUCUACCGCCGGCUCAAGCAGCACCUGGAAUAUGUCAAGCUCAUGAUGCCAUCUUGGAUGACUCCAGACCAGCGGGGCAAAGGGCUGUACGCAGACUACCUCUUCAAUGCCAUUGCUGGCAACUGGGAGCGGAAGAGGCCAGUGUGGGUGAUGCUGAUGGUAAACUCUCUGACGGAGGUAGACAUCAAGUCGCGAGGCGUGCCCGUCCUGGAUCUGUACCUGGCCCAGGAAGCAGAGCGGCUAAGGAAGCAAACGGGUGCUGUGGAGAAAGUGGAGGAGCAGUGCCACCCACUUAAUGGGCUGAACUUCUCCCAG